AUGUUUAACGUUGUACCUGUUGGCGUUUACCCUAUCUUGUUUGAAACUCCGGAUAGUUUUGGGUUCGUAGGUUAUGGAGAAGCGGAAGUAAUUUGUUUGGAUGGUUUACUUACGGCGACUGGCAACCUCAAAUUACUGAUCAAAGAAUCCGCCAUUGUUGCGCGCAACUAUUUAACAACGUUUGUCAAAAAUCAAGGAUUGGGAGAUGCUUCAAAUUUGCACUUCUUUGUGCAUAUUAUACCUAGAAGCAAAUUUUUCUUCAUUUUUUCAAAUUAA